AUGCAAAAACAAGGAAAAUCAAUUGAUACAAUUGAUGCAAGACAAGAUGACGAUUAUGAGUUUUAUUUUGGAAGGGAUGAUGAUAAUAUAAUCAUGAGAAAAGGACACAUCGUCGGUGGAAAGGAAACAACUAUUGAUAAAUUUCCCUUCGUGGUUUGUAUAUUAAUAUUUAGUGCACCUUCGAAAGUUUGUGGAGGAUCUUUGAUUCUUCCAAAUUGGGUGCUGACGGCAGCACAUUGUGUGGAAAAACAAAGUAUUAAAUCCAUGAUGAUUUUGGCCGGAGAAACCGACUACAAAGUCGACGUCAAUCAUCUUACUCAGGGUCAAUGGUCGUUGCCGAAAUUGCUGGUGUAUCAUCCUAAUUAUAGAAAAACUGUUGACGAUAUUGGAUUGAUAAAGACCAGUUCCAAUUUUGUGGAAAAUAAGUUUGUACAAUUCAUAAAAUAUGCAACUCCAAAGAUCAACAAUAAUGUCGAAGAUUUGACCAAAUUGAGUGAUACUGGCAUUGUCAUGGGUUGGGGCGAUACCAGGCAGCAAAAGGCAGCGCAAAGUAUGUAUGGUGAUUCUGGUGGACCUCUAGUUUGGGAACAGAAUGGUGAAUAUGUUGUCCAGGGUAUUAUUGCUUUUGGUGAAGGUUGUGCCAGGAAAGAUGUUCCUGGUGUCUACACCAGAGUUGACAAGUAUACGAGCUGGAUAAAAGAUGCCAUCAGGACUGAUGGAAAAUCUGUACGGAUGAUUACUUCCGAUGCAAACAAACUGAAUUCUAUUGUUUUUGUGGUUGCAUUUAUUGUAUCAGCAAUGGAAUAG